UAUUCACAUCUCUUUUCUUUUUCUUUGUGAGUAGUUCAUCUUAGAAGUUAUGCGAUUACCCCAAUUUUGCAAUCUGUCCUGUUUGGAAGCAGAUUUUUCUUUAAGGGCCCUGAGAUGUCUGCCAAAUUUUCUUAAAAACUUUCCAAAUCUAAAAUCCCUAAUAUUGGUAAUGAACUAACUUGCACAAACUCUUCAAUUUACUUCAGAAACUUGUGAAAUGUGUUAUAUACUAUGAUCAAAUGUGUUAGUAAAGCUCAUGGAUGAUGUUUGAGGAUUUCAAAGUGAUAUUGUCUGAUUUUUCCUUGUUUAGAUCUCAAAUUCAAGUACACAUUUGAUAUUUCUUUUUUUUUUAUUUAACGGAUUUAGUUAGGUAUAAAUUGUUUGAUAUUAUCUAAACCAAAAAUCCCGCGGGAAAAAAACAGAUAAACAAAAGAUAUAUGUUAGAUUCUUAGAAACCAGAUAAUUUUCCGAAACCCUAACCCUAGAAGACGAAUCUCCUGAAGCCUCAGCUGCUAAUGUAAUUGACGGUGAGUUCUUAUUUCUUCUAACCAUCCUCUAUUGAUGCAGAUCUUACGUGUGUCUCAAAAGUUAAGCAAACAAUGAGCAAGAAGAGAGGACUAACAUGUCAAGAUAGGAUAAGUUUGUUACCUGAUCAUUUGCUGUGUCAGAUACUCUCUGAUCUUCCUACAAAGAUUGUUGUUAAGACUAGUGUUUUGUCCAAAAGAUGGAAAAGAGUCUGGCUUUCGGUUCCUCUAGCCGAUUUUGACGUUUUAGAGUUCCGUGGUUACUAUGAAUUUGCGAGUGUUGUCCAUGGCUUUCUAGAUAUCCCUAGGGAGACAUGUAUACACAAGCUUAAACUUGCUCUUAAUAGAAAUCAGCGUGAUCAGUCUUACUUGACGCAGUGGAUACACAAUGCGGUUAUGCUUGAAGUUCAAGAUUUGGAUAUUUUAUCAUGUGGUUGGAGUUAUUUAGGUACGGAGCUGAUGCCCCUUAGCCUUUACACCUGUGAGACUCUUGUAUCCUUGAAACUCCAUUAUGUGUCAUUGCCUGAUUUUGAUUAUGUUUCUCUACCUCGUCUCAAGAUCAUGCAUUUAGAAGACAACAUUUACCCUAAUGAUGCUCUUUUGGAGAAUCUUAUCUCAUCUUGCCCAGUUCUUGAAGAUUUAAAUGUCUCUAGAGAUUUAGAGAAUAUCGUUAAGGUUUUACGAGUGUGUUCUCUGUCAUUAAAGAGUCUCAUACUUGUUCUCGAUGGUGAUCGGUAUAUUGAGGAUGAUGGUUGGGAGGUUGUGAUUGAUGCUCCUGGACUCAGCUAUUUGAGUCUUAGAGAUGACCAGUCUAAAAGUUUCGUAUUAAGCAGUUUGAGUUCACCUACCAAGGUAGAUAUUGAUAUCAGUUUCGAUUCGGUGAGAAGUGUAUUGAGAAAUGUCUCUUUAAAGAGAAGUGUAGUGAGAAACUUCUUCACCAGGCUCUCGAGCGUAAGGGACAUGACUAUGAGUGGAACAACUUUGAAGGUCCUCUCUCGCUCCAUGAGACACGAACCGCUGCCACAGUUUCCUAACAUGAUCCAAUUCUAUGCGGUCUUCUAUAACUCUGAUUUGGAAAAGCUACCAAACUUUCUUGAGAGCUGUCCAAAUCUCAAAUCUCUUGUACUGGAGCUGGAGGAAUUUAAGAAGAAUGAAAUACUUAUUCUCUCAUCAUCAAUCCCAAAAUGUUUAAGAUCAUCCCUGGAGUACGUUGAGAUUCAUACACGGAUAAGCGGAGCUGAACCGGAAAUGAAACUAGUAAAGUACUUCCUCGAGAAUUCGGCAGUGCUCAAGAAGUUUACGCUGCAAUUGGGUUGUAAAAGAAUGGAGGAAGAUUCUAUCAUCUUCAGGGAACUCCUGAGAUUUAGGAGAUGUUCUGCUUCGUGUGAAGUUGUUGUUGAAGUUUAAGGGACUUAUCCAACACUAGUGA